AGCUCCUGGCCUCCACACCCCAGCAGAGGCUCGGGAGGGCUCCGUGGGGCCGGGCUGCCAGGAGUGAGCUGUGGGCAUGGCACUCGCCCCAGGACCAGACCUGCUUGGGGACGGCAGCGGGGACGAGAGGCCCAAGUGGGACAACAAGCUCCAGUACCUCCUGAGCUGCGUGGGGUUCGCCGUGGGUCUAGGCAACAUCUGGAGGUUCCCGUAUCUGUGCCAGACCUACGGAGGAGGGGCCUUCCUCAUCCCCUACUUCAUCGCCCUGGCCUUCGAGGGCAUCCCGCUCUUCCACAUGGAGCUCGCCAUCGGCCAGCGCCUGCGGAAGGGCAGCAUCGGGGUCUGGACAACCAUCUCGCCCUACCUGGGUGGAAUAGGGCUGGGCUGCUUCACAGUGUCCUCUCUCAUCGGCAUCUACUACAACACCGUCCUGACGUGGGUGCUGUGGUACCUCCUCAACUCCUUCCAGAACCCGCUGCCCUGGAGCGCCUGCCCGCCCGACCGCAACCUCACAGGGUUCGUGGAAGAAUGCCAGCGCAGCAGCUCCGUGAGCUACUUCUGGUAUCGGCAGACGCUGAACGUCACAGCUGACAUCAAUGACAGUGGCUCCAUCCAGUGGCAGCUGCUGGUCUGCUUGGUGGCCUCCUGGGCAAUCGUGUACCUGUGCAUCAUCAGAGGCAUCGAAACCACUGGGAAGGCAAUUUAUUUCACAGCCUUGUUCCCUUACCUGGUCCUGACCAUCUUCCUCAUCAGAGGACUCACCCUGCCCGGGGCCACUGAAGGCUUAACCUACCUGUUCACCCCCAAGAUGCAGAUUCUCCAGAACCCCCGAGUGUGGCUGGAUGCGGCCACCCAGAUCUUCUUCUCUCUGUCCCUGGGCUUCGGAGGACACAUCGCCUUCUCCAGUUACAACCCACCCAGGAACAACUGUAAGAAGGACGCGGUGACCAUUGCCCUGGUCAACAGCAUGACCUCCCUCUACGCCGCCAUCAUCGUCUUCUCUGUCCUGGGGUUCAAGGCAGCCAAUGACCACGGGCGCUGCCUGGACAGAAACAUCCUCAGCCUCAUCAAUGCGUUCGAUUUCCCCGACCAGAGCAUCUCCAGGGACGACUAUGCUGCCGUCCUCGCACAUCUGAACGUCACCCAGCCCGAGAGGGUGGCCGGGCUCGGCCUGGAGUCCUGCCACCUCGAGGACUUUCUGGACAAGAGUGCCUCGGGCACAGGCCUGGCUUUCAUCGUCUUCACGGAGGCCAUCCUGCACAUGCCGGGGGCCCCGGGCUGGGCCGUGCUGUUCUUUGGGAUGCUCUUCACCCUGGGCCUGUCGUCCAUGUUCGGGAACAUGGAGGCUGUCAUCACACCGCUCCUGGACAUGGGGGUCAUGCCCAGAUGGGUCCCCAAGGAGGUCCUGACUGGGGUGGCCUGCCUGAGCUGCUUCCUCGCCUCCAUCCACUUCACGCUGCACUCCGGAAACUACUGGCUCGAGGUUUUCGACCGCUACGCUGCUUCUCUGAACCUGGUCAUCUUCGCUUUCCUGGAGGUGGUUGGCAUCGUUUACAUUUACGGGAUGAAUCGGUUCUGCGAUGACGUGGCAUGGAUGACCGGGAGGCGGCCCAGCCUCUACUGGCGGGUGACCUGGAAGGUCGUCAGCCCCCUGCUGCUGCUGACCAUCUUCGUGGCUUACAUCGCCCUCCUGGCCAGGGCGCCACCGAGCUACAGGGCCUGGAACCCCCAAUAUGACCAGUUCCCCACGCAGCAGGAGAACGUCUACCCGGGCUGGGUGCAGGUCACCUGUAUGCUCCUGUCCUUCCUGCCCGUGCUGUUGGUCCCGGCUGUCGCGCUGGCCCAGCUGCUUGUCAGGCACAGAAGGAAGAAGAAGGCUGCGCUGCAGGACAUGCACCUGAAGCCACAGGACAGCGGGGCCUGCUGAGGGGGGACGGUGGGGAGGGCCCCUCCUGUGCAAGGCUCGCAGAGCACAGAGCACCGGACCCCAUUACAGACCUGCCUCCUACCCAGA